AUGGAUCCUUCACUCUUCUUGACCAUCCUUUGUUUAGGAAUAGCCUCAGCUGCUCCAACACAUGAUCAAAGUUUAGAUGAGCAAUGGAACCAGUGGACUGCAGAGCACGGGAAAGUAUAUAGCACGGGUGAAGAGAGCUUGAGGAGAGCAGUAUGGGAGAAGAAUCUGAAAAUGAUUGAGCAGCACAAUCUAGAAUACAGCCAAGGAAAACAUACCUUCACAAUGGGAAUGAAUGCAUUUGGUGACAUGACCAAUGAAGAUUUCAGGCAGAUGAUGACCGGCUUUCAAAAUCAGAAAUACAAUAAGGGGGAAGUGUUCCAGCCACCUCAGCCUCUUGAGGUCCCUGAAUCUGUGGACUGGAGAGAGAAAGGCUAUGUGACUCCUGUGAAGAAUCAGCAUCGUUGUGGUUCUUGUUGGGCUUUUAGUGCGACUGGUGCUCUUGAAGGACAGAUGUUCCGAAAAACCGGCAAACUCGUCUCACUGAGUGAGCAGAACCUGGUGGACUGUUCUCAGCCUCAACACAAUUCAGGCUGUAAGGGUGGCUUGGUAAUUAAAGCCUUCCAGUAUGUUAAGGACAACGGAGGCCUAGACUCAGAGGAGUCCUAUCCAUAUGAAGAAAUGGAGAGCACCUGUAGGUACAGUCCCGGGAAUUCUGCUGCUACUGUGACUGGCUUCAAGCAUAUCCCUGCUGAAGAGAAGGCCCUAGAGAAGGCAGUGGCAUCUGUGGGACCUAUUUCUGUUGCUAUUGAUGCGCACCAUCAUUCUUUCCAGUUUUAUACAGGAGGCAUUUUACAUGAACCAAACUGCAGUCCUAAAUGGUUGAAUCAUGCUGUUCUUGUGGUUGGCUAUGGUGUAAUGCAAGAAGGAUCAAAUAACAAUACAUACUGGCUGGUCAAGAACAGCUGGGGUGAACGGUGGGGCGUGGGUGGCUACAUAAUGAUGGCCAAAGACAAGAACAACCACUGUGGAAUCGCCUCAGAUGCUCUCUAUCCAAUUGUGUGAGCUGAUGGAUGGUGACAAGGAAGGACUUGAUGGGGCUGGCUUAUCAGUGUACCAGAGGAGUAGUUUUGUUUUUAUAUUGACAAACCCAAAGUAUGUGAGAUGCCACACUCAUUGAAGAUC